AACAAAAUUAAUAUAAGGGUUAUUAAUGUAUAAUUUUUCUAAAUAGAUAAAGUAACUGCUUUUUGAACUUUUAAAAAUGAGCGCCGGUAAAAUGCUGUGUAAAAUACCAAAACAACUAGAACUUGGUCACACUGCUGAAAACAGUGCUGCCCAUGCCUGAUCCCAAAAGAAAAGGCGCGCAGUUCAAUUUACAAUCCCCGUCGACUUAUCUGUUAAGGUCCAACUUAAUCGAGCGUUGGACAUCAUCUGUAAUCUGCGUGCAGUCCAAAGUGCCACAGUUGUCGGUUGCAAAUGCACAGCUGCAAAAGUCACAAGACUUAAACCGAGACACUGAUAAGCACUAAACUUCUGAAUAAUGCGUUUCAGCUUCCGAUUAUGAGCAAAUGUUUAAGUAAAAACAUAGUCAGGCGGGGGGUCGCUAGCGUUCUGGAAAUGACGCGUGACGGAUCGGCAAGUUGCUUAUCAAAUUGGCAUUUCGUUGGUAUUUCCGAGAGCCGAAAGCUCUCUAGUGCGAAAUCCGAGCGACAAGUGCACAAACAAAUAGGCUGCCGUAAAUAAACAAGGGGGAAAAAUUUGGCUGACUUGCAAAAGCAUUGAUGAUGCUCUUUCCUAUAUAUAUACAAAUUUGUUUCGCUCUUUCCGAACCGGUUGGCGGAAACGUAUUUGAAUAGCUCGCCUGAGAUCCUUAUAAAUCAUGCGAUUCGGAAAACCGGUUCGUUUUCGAACGGCCGGCCCACAAUGCGCGCGUUGCAAAAAGAAAGAAUCGAGAAUAAGAAACAAGAAAUGUAUAGUGAACGCCGCCUCCUCCAAAUAGUUUGCCUACGUAGAUUGGGCUCUCAGUUUGUGAUACGAAGUGUAGAGUGUGUGAACUCGGCUCUUUUCCACCCGAGUGAGUGGUUGCCUGAGCGCACAACCACCGAAAGCGGCCUGUAGUAUUUUUGUUAUUUCCCUACCGACGCUCCAAGCAGACGGAACGCUCGAGCAGCAGCGGAGAGAGUAUAGAAACUUGAGAGAAAAGAAAUAAAAGGAGCCACCAGCCCCCCGCAGUACGAAAAAAGCACGCGCGUCAUCGGAAAAACGUGCUGCGGGCUACAAGAAACCCAAAGUAAUAUCACCGAAAUUACAUAAAGCCCAGAAGGAGGUUCCACCAUGACCGAUGUCAGUGCAAAUAGUCUGGAUGUCUCCGUGGACGUGGUCUGGCCCACCAUCAUCGUCCUGGCCAUGCUGGUGAUAAACGGCUUCGUCUUCGCCUACAUCAUGCGAAAGCGGCGGGAGUACAAGCAUCAGGAGGAGCAACAACCUGUUCCACACACAUCGUACGCGGCCACCAGCGAGCUGGCCACCACUGCACCCGCGGACCAGGAGGACGAUAGCUGUGCCAUCGAGAUGGAGCGACUGUAGGAUUAGGCAGCGCACUAGCCGUAGCUCUCAGAUACUCACCCACUAUCGUCCAAGCUCUCAACUGCAACGAAGUUUCCUAAGCCCAUAGCUCUCGCUUUAUCAAGCGACAUAGAAGAUAUACAGAACGUAUACGUCGAGUGCCUGGAUCGCACGUGCAUUUAAUUAAUGUUUUUAAGUUGUUAACUCUACUUCGCAAUUCAUUUUCUACAAAGGUUUACAAUAAAUGUGUGAAUUUUGUCAUGCCAUAUCGAGAACCGAA